CACCGCCGCCUUGGUUCGCUCAGCUCCAGUGGGGCCAGACCUGUCGCUGUCCGGACGGCUUUGGCGAAAGUACCUGCGAUCAGGUCUCAGACGAUACAGGUCACGAGUAUUCCUUCUGUGAUGAAGCCAUGAUCGGCAAGCAGCACAGCCAUCUGAUCUUCGACUUUGCAUUCUUCGGCCGAAUGCCGCUGGACAGCAAGCUGCUCCCCUGCUACAGACCGGACGUCCCGCUGCCUGACGGCUCUCCCGGCUGUCUGGUGUACACCAGCGAGUCGAUCCUCCGCUACUGGUGUCAGGGCAAGGAGACGUGCUUCCCCAGCGCCACCUUCAUCGCCGCCUACGACCCAGAGGCGUGUGCGGGCGUGACUGCAGCGCUGCGCAUCCGCUACCGCACCGAGUCCGACGUCAGUCAGUGCGCCUUCAACAGCUCCUGGUAUGCGCCGCACAACACCUGCUAUCUGACGACGGACGCGUCCGGCCGCUGGGAGGACCAGUUGCUGCUGUGCCGCCAGUUGGGCGGCGACAUGAUGCACCUCGUCGACAACGACGCUGACUUCGCCACGUGGGCGCUGACGCAGGCCGAGGCCGAUGUCCACGGACUCUGGCUGGCCGGCAACGCCACCGAGCCGCGUCCCGUGCUGGACCUGCGGCGCGAGUGGUACCUGCCGAACCGCGACCGGUGCCUGCUGCCUGGCGGCGCCAUGGCGCAGUGCCAGGGCGAGCUGCGGACAUUGUGCGCGCUGCCACCCUGGCCGAAGGGCGAGGUGCCGGCGUCAUUGCAUCCGUGUCCGGCUGCCAGCUUCCCCGACUACGGACUCAGCUUCCCAGUCACGGCGGCCGGCCGCACCGCCGUGCUGCCCUGCGGCGCCACCUUCAAAGGCUCCGCCACCUAUACCUGCGGCCUGGACGGACGCUGGAGCGCCCCCUACCCGGACCUCACGCAAUGCACGUCCUCCACGAUCGACACGGACGACGUGGCUAACCGCCUGAAGGAGGGCAACCAGUCGGUAUCGCUGAUCGUACAGGAGCUGGCCACUAACUGUUCGCGGACGACGCUGUCGUCCGGCGACGUCAUAGGUUCGGUGCAGCUGUUGCCGCUGAUGGUGGAGACGCAGCGGACGCAGCUGCGGAACGCUUCCGACCACGUGGACGUGGCUGACGGGUAUGUGCGAAACGUGACGUAUCUCGUGAGCCAGCUGACGAAGGGAGACGCCUCCUGGUUCAGCAUGCCGCCGCGGAAGAGGAGAGGCACGUCCACCCUGCUGCAGUACAACGUCGAGCAGUCGGCGUACCUGCUGGCUGGGUAUCUGCAAAACGAAGGAAAAAACUUCACCGACCACUCUGAGAUACGGCUGCGAGCAGGCCGCUUCACCAACGACACGCUGGCGAGUCAGCUCCAGUACCGGACGCGGCAGGGCUCGUCGGUGACCCUGCCCGCCGAGGUGGCCCGCUUCCAGGACGAGGAACAGCGCACCAGCCUCGUGUUCGUCGAGUACGGCAACAUGGACUGCCUACUCAGGGGUCAGAAGUGCAGUCUCACUGACGGCGACUAUCCGUACUCGUCGUUCGUGAACUCCCCGCUAAUCAGCGCCAGCGCCAGCGGGGAGCGCUUCAUCGGAAACACGUCCGUGAUGUUCGAGACCUCCAACGUGACGCUACACUUCGCGACCCGCCUCUCGGCCCGCGAGUACAGCAUUUCGAACGUGCAAUGCGCGUUCUGGAACGACUCCGUCCAGGAUUGGUCAACGGAGGGCUGUUACGUUAGCCAAGUGUCUGAUGACUUCAUUGAGUGCAGCUGCAACCACCUGACCAGCUUCGCCACCCUGAUGGACAUCAAUGGGGUCAUCGUGCCCGGCUCGGGCCUGGACCUGGCGCUGAGCUGGCUGACGAACGUGGGCUGCGUCAUCAGUCUCAUCUGCCUUGCGCUCUGCAUAGUGAUCUUCAGCGCCGUCUCGGCCCUGCGCAGCGACCGCACCUCGGUACACCGCAACCUCUGCCUCUGCCUGUUUGCCGCCGAGCUCAUCCUGCUCGCGGGUUUGGAACCGCACGGAAAUGCCGUGGGAUGUGCGAUUGUUGCUGGGCUUCUGCAUUUCUUUUUCCUCGCUGCAUUUGCUUGGAUGUGCAUCGAAGGCGUUCAGAUAUACUUGCUGCUUUACAAGGUCUUCGACUCGGGACGAUCGUAUAUGCGCUACUUUUACGGUCUGGGAUACGGCGUCCCCGCCUUGAUCGUCACAAUCUCUGUCGCCUCAACCAAGGGCGUUGGCUACGGCACGGACAUGGCUUGCUGGCUGAGCACAGAGAACGGACUGAUUUGGGCCUUCGCCGGCCCCCUGCUGCUAGUGAUUCUGGUGAACAUCCUAGUGCUGGUGCUGGCUCUGAGGGUGACCGCGCGUGCCACUGCAGCCCGCUCUAAUAAGGACACACGCCAGGUGUCCACUUGGAUCAAGGGCUCCGCCUCCCUGGUGGCCAUUCUCGGAACUACCUGGCUUUUCGGGUUCCUGUAUUUCUCAAACGGACUCCUGUUCUUCUCAGUCGUCUUUGCAUUACUGAACUCCCUGCAAGGCUUCUUUAUAUUCCUGUUUCACGUAGUUCUCAAUGAAAAGAACCGGACAGAAGCUACCCGGUUCAUGUGGAAGACAACGAGGCGCGCGGGACUGUCGAGGCGGGAUCCGAGGAUCGCCACGGGGGCCACCACCACCGGCCGGACGUCCCGCGAGCCGGUCACCGGUGAGACCACCGACGGCGACUCGGACCACCAGUCAUCCGUCAAGCAGAAGACCCGGCUGACCCGGUUGCUGCAGCGAGCGGGCAACAAGAAAUACUCGGUGCGACGAAUCGAUGAUGAGAGCCUCUCGUCCGGGAUGACCAGCCAGGAUAAGCUGCGGCGAGUCGAGUCCAAUGGUGUCAGUGCCUGAGUCACCGACGCCGAGUCGUGUCGACGCAGGACGAUCAUGUAUGACAUGCGCGUGAUGACGCGCCUCAACCAUGGUGUUUGGCGAAAGAGGUUCAUGGCAGACGGUCUCACUUUGACCUCAUCGGAAAUGACCGGACCGGACAUUUUUCCGAAGACGCACGGAAGAGACGACGAAUAGUACAAUCGAUUCGGCCACGCGUAAGUCAUGGUAUUCUGCUUUAGACGGAUAUGCCGUUUCAAAAAAAGAAAUUCAUUAGAAGUGAUGGCUAUGUCCUAAGACGCCCUUUUAGAUGCUAUGCCAACGCCACCGACCACAAGGACACCAACAAGUAAUUCACGCCAAAUUUAUGGGCAGACCAUUUGUACUUCUUUGUGAGUACUGCGCAACUCCUUAUCGCUGAUAUUUUAGGGCGCACGUGAACUUAAAGUACUUUGUAUUUGCUAUGGUACAACUUCAAAUGACCGCGACUCGCGAUAGACCGUUUAGACAGUAUUAAGUGAUAAGUUAGCGUAAGUCCGAACGUGUCAGGUAGUAAGUGUAUUUUUACAAGACAUGACUGGAAAAUGCUGCGAGCUGCUUCGUGCCAAGGGUUUCAAAGGGGCCUUAACCCCUCGCGGCAGCUCGCCAGAUAGACAGUCCAGCACUAACAGAAUAAGAGGCCCGCUGCCAUCGCAGGAAACGGCUACCAGGAAGAGCGCCAGGGGUACUCUGUGUAGGGCGCAUAUUGUUCAAUCGUGCAAGCAUUCAGCGUAGCUUGAAAUGAACAGGCUUUGUGAUUUGCUGUUGCUUGCUUCUUUGCGUAUGUGUAUGGCUGUAAAUGUACGUAAAACAGGAACAGAGCUGUUGUUCCAUCGCCUGGGCACUCCAUUCGUGUACAUGUGUGGGUCUGCGCUUACCAAAAGAGCAAAUAAAGAUAAGGUAAACG